AUGCCUUCACUCGCUUUGUUGCGUCGAUCCGUCGACGAGACUCACUUCGAUGUAGCCCGCGAUGACUCUGACAACGGCUCCGACACGGUCAUCAACGCCUUGCUGAUCGUGCUCGGCAUUGCCUUCUUCAUUCUCAUCCUGGUAUCUAUUCUGCUCGUGCUUCGCCGAGUUCGCCGCAAGCGACAGCAGCAGAACCCGGAGACCCAGGAGCCUAUUCUACCCUCCUACAACGAUGUCAAGAAUGGCCACCCCAAUCACCGUGGCCUCACCAUUGAGACCACCCACAAUGGCCGCCACAGCGUUCUUUUCAUCAGCCGUGAUGGCCAGCCCAUGCUGCGCACCCCCGGCUCACCACCUCACUCUCCCGACAAUGUUCCCGAGAUCCACAUUACUUUCCCUGACGAGCAGGACGAGCAAGGUCGCCGGAAGAGUGGCCGAGUUGUCGUCGUUCGUGUUGGCGAGAAUGCUACAGUCGGCCUUGAGCCCAUGCACGACGAAGAGCUGCCCGCUUACGAAAAGGAGGCCAAGGGCCAGUUCUACUCCGUCGAUAUGGACAAGAUCGGUGGCCUCAAGGAGAAGGACCACUCCUACUUCGACCACUACUGA